GGCACCGGUUCAUCAAUCUCAGAUAAACACUCAGUAUCUGGUAACGGCGGUAAUCCCGGAUCUUCCUCCUCUGUCUGUUCACAUUACUUCGGUUUAGUUCCUUCCACCGGCUCUUCUCUCCGGGACCUAUGGCUCCCUCUGCCGCUGCCGUUGCGCUGUUCUCGGUGCUGCUGUCCGGUGUGUCCGCCGGUGUGUUUUUCAACACGAAGCAGCCCUGUUAUGUCCCCAAACCCCGGAGGCAAGACUUUGGACUCAAGACCGCACCUCUUCCUCAUGAGAAUUUAAACAUUUCUGAUCUGCCAAAGUCCUGGGACUGGAGGAAUAUCAAUGGCACCAACUAUGUCAGCACCACCCGCAACCAGCACAUUCCUCAGUACUGUGGCUCCUGCUGGGCUCAUGGCAGCACCAGCGCCAUGGCAGAUCGCAUCAACAUUAAGAGGAAAGGAGCGUGGCCCUCUGCUUACCUCUCUGUCCAGCAUGUGAUCGACUGUGGGGAUGCUGGGAGCUGUCACGGGGGGGAUCACAGUGGGGUGUGGGAGUACGCCCACACGAACGGAAUCCCAGAUGAGACCUGCAAUAACUACCAGGCUAAAGACCAGGCCUGUAAACCCUUCAAUCAGUGCGGCACCUGCACCACGUUUGGAGUGUGUAACAUUGUGAAGAACUACACUCUGUGGAAAGUUGGGGAUUAUGGAUCUGUCAGCGGGAGGGAGAAGAUGAUGGCGGAGAUCUACGCUAGAGGGCCAAUCAGCUGUGGGAUCAUGGCCACAGACAAGCUGGAUGCGUACACCGGAGGUCUCUACUCUGAAUACCAGGAUUAUCCUUCCAUCAAUCACAUCGUGUCGGUGGCCGGGUGGGGAGUGGAGAACGACAUUGAGUACUGGGUCGUACGUAACUCCUGGGGGGAACCAUGGGGUGAGAAGGGCUGGCUGAGGAUCGUCACCAGCGCCUACAAAGGAGGAAGUGGAAGCCAAUACAACCUGGCGGUGGAGGAGGACUGCAUGUACGGAGACCCCAUCGUCCCCAAGGAUUACCUCUAAACCAGAACCAGGUUUUAACCGUCACAUCUCCCUGUCUAACAGAGGGAUGGUUUUUAUUAGGAAAAAACUGAAAAGGGAAUUUGUCAUCAAUUUUUUUGUUUGUUUCUGUAGAUUUUUUACCAAUUUUUUUUACACUUUACUUUAAAUCAGGGGUCACCUUUUAAGUGCCAUGAGCUGUUAAAGUUUUAUGACAGGGAAGCAUGUUGGUCAGCUGUUUUAUGAACUGAAACUUAAAGAAACACAUCAGUGCAAGUAACUUCUUUGCUAGAUUAAAAGACAGGUGAAAAGCUAAGUUCACAUCCAUAUAAAGGACAGAUGCUGUAAUCAGUUUUUAUUUUCAAAUGCCAAAGAAUAUUGUUUGCUUAUUUGUUGUUCUGUCUUUGAAUGUUUUCAGUUUGUGGUGUUGAAUUACUGACAGUAUUGCACUACAUCCUGAUAUAGACUUUAUACACAAACGCUUGACGAAUUCUUGUGCCUUAUUUGCACUUGCAAUAUAGUAUAGGUUUAUGUGUUUGUGACUUUUUCACAAUGUAUGAGACAAAUCAGAAAACUCAAACUCUGCAAUCUGUUUUUCAAAUCUUGCCAAUAAAAACACUAGAUCCAAAA